AUGGAGGGCCGCCGCUGCGAUAGUAGGAGUUGGGUGAGGGGGCGAGUCAUCGGAAGCGGUUCCUUCGGCACCGUCAGCCUCGCCUUGGACGAAUCCAGCGGCGAAGUCUUCGCCGUCAAGUCCGUCCCUCUGCAUUCCUCCAACCCCGCUCCGACCCUUGCUCUCGAUAACGAGAUUCGUCUCCUCAAGUCCCUCCGCUCGCCUUACGUCGUCGAGUACCUCGGCGACGACACCACCCGCGAAGCUCGCGCCGGCGCGUGCCGCAACUUGCACAUGGAGUACAUGCCCUGCGGCACCGCGGCGGACUUGGAGACUGCGAGGAAGAAGAAGGGGAAUUGCCCCAUGGACGAGCUCGAGGUGCGAGCUUACGUUCGGUGCGUCGCCUGCGCGCUUCGUUACCUCCACGACGUCGCCGGCGUCGUGCACUGCGACGUCAAGGGCCGAAACGUGCUUCUAGGCCGAGCUCCUGGCGUCGCUAAGCUCGCGGACUUCGGCGCCGCGGUGAGGAUUUCCGAUGGAGGCGAGCGUAACAGCGUGCGGGGAACGCCGCUGUGGAUGGCGCCGGAGGUCGCGAGGGGGGAGCGGCCGAGGCCAGCGUCGGACGUGUGGUCGCUCGGCUGCACGGUCAUCGAGAUGGCGACCGGAGCGCAGCCGUGGCCGGACUACGCGCCCAAGGAUGCCGAGGCUGCUAUGUUCUUCGUCGGCUACGGCGACAAGCUGCCGGAAUUCCCUCCCUGGCUGUCGGAGCUCGGCCGCGAUUUUCUCGACAAGUGUUUGAGAAGGAACGCGACCGAGAGGUGGACGGCGGAGCAGCUACUGCGGCACCCAUUCUUAGCUGAAGCAGACAUCGAGACGCCUAGGGGAGUGCUCGAGUGGGCCAAUUCGGAGUUCCGUGACGACGCCGACGAUUGCAGCAGGGAAAACUACAGCACGGACUACAGAAGCGUUGCGGAUUCCAUUGAUCUGAUGGCUUGUGGAGGAGAGAGAGUGAGGGAGUUGGCUUCGAGUGUGGGAAUUAUAGGGUGGGAUAGUGAUGGUUGGGAGGAAGUGAGGAGCGCAGAGGAGCUCAAUUGGGCAGGGGAUGGAAGAACAGAAUUGGUCGUGGGUGGGUGGAGGGGAGAAGGGGGGAGGACAUGCUCGGAAUAUUCCAAUUGCUGCAGCGUGGGAAUGGCAGACGAGGAUAGGGCUGGCAGUGCUGCUGCUGCUCCUCUAUGUGGCUCUUGUAAUGGCGGUUCGGUCGGUUUACAUGGGACUGAUGAUCUCAAUAGGAAGGUGUUCUUUGGAUGGUGUGGUUUACUGUUACUCCUACAUGUGAAAGUUGAUGUUCCCAUGCACUCGUCCUUUAUCAUUGCAACAUUCUCCGUAGUUUCGGAGAAUGGAUUAUUUUUGUGA